GGCAAAACUUAUUUCCCUCCUCCGAAGGGCGGCAAUGUGGCCUCGGCUAUGGAUCUUCUGGUAUACGAGCAUGCUGCGAUGGAUGCAUGCAGGCACACAAAGUUGAGGCACAACCUUGGCAUUCGUCCUGCGGCUAUGAGAGCCUUGGAUCCUAUGCGCUUGUGCGAAGUCGACCCGAAUUGUACCAACUCAGGAGAGAUGGACAAACUCGACGUGAGGGUGCAUUGUCUGAUGUGUGCAUCAAGAUGCAGGGCUGCCAUAAUGGGAUGGAGGACCGCGGUGCGUCACGCAAUUCACAGCCACACCCGUAGUGAAGGCCUGAAGUAGAGACUAGCGACCAAGGCAGAAACGAAGAUGGCGAAAGUGCUCGAGUUGAAAACUGCUGAAUCGUCAUGGGACGAGUAUCGGCGAACAGGGCCAUGGAUUUGUCUUGUAUGUCCCGCAUUCACAAUACCUGGUAGCAUCGAGGAACAUUUUUAAUGGAACCAUCACGGUGUUGAGCCAGAAAUCAACACAACGCACAAAAGACACCCUGAAGCUUCGCCUUAUGUUAUAUCGCCCGUCGCUAUCAAGCUCAUUUAGGAAGCGAACUGAUGGUCUUAGAUGAUCAGGGGGUAAGUCAAAUUAGGGGUUUUCAGAGGAGCAGACGCUAUGACCAAAGAAGUAUGAAGAGUGGAGGAGGGGGUUGAGACAGACUUGACUUUAAUUGGCAGCAAUAUAUAUCUUCGCAUCGUUCCCUUU